GUUUGGACCGACGACAAAUCUAUAGCGUGAAGCCCACGAGGUCGCGUUUUGCGGGUCCCUUCUCUCCUUCCUCGCACCAAUCACCGACCUUCGUAUCGUCUCCUGCCUCCAAAACCCAGAACCUCCCUCCACGAAACGGCGACUUAGUGUACCCUAACACCGACUCAAAAUCGAUGACACAAUGCUCCCGUGUCUGAAAACCAUACCGAACAACAAACUUUCUUCUCGAGAAGCUCCUCUCUCGCCAUGACCCUCUUCUCUAGAUUCUUGCUCACUAAAGUGGUUACCAGAUACACACAAUGUCUCUACUCUAACCAGAAACGUGGAACAUCUCUCAAGGUUUCUCUUGUUUUGCCUCAGUUCAGAAAUUUUAGUAAUGGGCAUCGUCAGAAUCAUUCAUUGGCCCUUCUCCCUUACGCUAAAGGAAGGUCUUUAGGUAGUCGUCUUCUCAAACGAAGCUAUGUAGUAGUUAAGCAACAUGCUCAAGUGUCUUUGAAAUGGCUUCUUCAUAGAUACUCUACCCACCAAUGGAACUUCCCUAGGAUAAGCCUGGUUGCUCAAGCGUUCUGUUUGUCUGUAGCCCGUUCGAACUUGUUAUUACCUGGUGUCUUUGCUCUUACUUAUAGGAAAGUGGCAUGGGCGCAAAGGCCGGCUCCGAGUCCGGUUAGAGUACGGUCUCCUCAGCAGUUUUCUCUUUAUACGAGUGCGGUUCACAUCCCUGUGGUUAUCUCUACUUUGUUUAUCUCUGCGAUUAAAAGUGUGGUUCUGCUCGGGAGAGCUCUCUAUUUAGCAGUUUUGCUUUCUCCUAAUCUUGUAAUGGCGCUGUUGGAGUUUUCAUGCGGGCCUCGGUUUAGAAAGCUACGGCAUGAGGUCCUCCAUCGAACUCUGGAGAAAGCUGGUCCUGCGUUUAUCAAGUUUGGACAAUGGAUCGCCACAAGACCUGAUCUGUUCUCCAAGGACUUGUGCUUACAGCUUUCAAAGCUUCACAGUAAUGCCCCUGAGCACAGCUUCGAGUUCACCAAAAGAACAAUCGAAAAUGCGUUUGGUCGUAAGCUCUCUGACAUAUUCGAGGAGUUUGACGAGGCGCCAGUCGCCUCUGGGAGCAUAGCUCAAGUCCAUAGAGCCACUCUGAAGUUUCAGUAUCCAGGACAUAAGGUUAAGUCCUCUGAAGUUGCUGUUAAAGUUAGGCAUCCUUGCGUUGAAGAAACAAUGACGAGAGACUUUGUGAUAAUUAAAAUGGCGGCAAAGUUAACUACUUUCGUCCCGGGUUUGAACUGGCUUAGGUUGGACGAGUGUGUGCAACAGUUUAGCCUCUACAUGUUGUCUCAAGUUGAUCUCUCAAGGGAAGCUUCUCAUUUGAGUCGGUUUAUAUACAACUUCCGUGGGUGGAAAGAUGUCUCUUUCCCUAAGCCUGUCUUUCCACUUGUGCAUCCCUCCGUUUUGGUUGAGUCUUUCGAGCAUGGAGAGAGCGUGGCUCGUUAUGUGGAUGGCUCAGAAGGACAUGAAUGGCUCAAGUCUAAAGUAGCUCAUAUCGGAACUAAUGCUCUCUUGAAGAUGCUCCUGGUGGACAACUUCGUUCACGCAGAUAUGCAUCCCGGGAACAUUCUUGUCAGGAAGAACGGUGCUCGAAGAGGUCUGUUCAGAUCGAAGAAGCCGCACAUUAUUUUCCUUGACGUUGGCAUGACUGCAGAACUCUCGAAAACCGACAGAGACAACCUACUUGGUUUUUUCAAGGCGGUUGCACGUAGAGAUGGUCGGACUGCUGCAGAAAGAACACUUAACUUAUCUAGACAACAGAAUUGUCCUAACCCACAGGCCUUUGUGGAGGAAGUAGAAGAAGCGUUUAGAUUCUGGGGAACAGCACAAGGAAAAUCAGUUCACCCAGCAGACUGUAUGCACGAGUUGUUCGAGAAAAUGAGAAAUCAUAGAGUUAAUAUCGACGGCAAUGUCUCCACCGUUAUGUUUACAACAUUAGUUCUCGAGGGUUGGCAACGGAAACUGGAUCCAGGAUAUGAUAUAAUGAGGACGUUACAGAAAAUGCUGCUGAAAACGGAUUGGAUGAAAUCACUUUCUUACACGGUCGAUGGACUGAUGGCUCCUUAGAUUUGAAAAGGUUUAAUCUUUUAUUGUUUUUUGUACACAUUUGAAUCUUAUUGAGAGCCUAGCUUUUCUUUUGACUUAGGAGUUGAAGAAACACAUCUUCUACAGAAAAUUUUAACAAAAGAAAAAGUUCAUUU